UCCUGAAUUAUGCGCAUUCGCUUUCCUUAUGCGUUGGAAUGAAGUUGAGCAUCUUUCUGCCAUGAAUAAGAGGAAGUCCUUUGUCCACAAUGGCGUAAAACCCUCUAAGACUCCCAGGACAGAGGGUGAAACGCAUGUCCAGGAAGAAGAGGCUGUUCAUGAAGAAGAAGAAGAAGACCACUCAUUCUCUUCUUCGAGCACGGGAGAUAUUGGUGUGAUUGAAAGUAUCACUUUGAAGAACUUUAUGAGUCACCAUCUGCUUGGACCGUUUGAAUUUGGGCCAAAUGUCAACUUCAUUGUUGGUAACAAUGGAAGUGGUAAAAGUGCCAUUCUGACAGCUCUUAUAGUGGGCCUUGGUGGAAAAGCAACCACGACCAACAGAGGAGCAUCUUUGAAGGGUUUUGUAAAAUAUGGAGAGAGCUCUGCAGAUAUUAAAGUAAAGUUAAAAAACAGAGGAACUGAUCCCUAUAAAGGUGAAGUUUAUGGAGACAGCAUCUGCAUUGAGCAUCGGAUUACAAGUGAUGGUUGCAGGACUUGUAAGAUCAAGAGUAAAACAGGGCAUGUUGUCUCCACAAAGAAGGAGGAGUUGACAGCUAUACUGGACCAUUUCAGCAUCCAGGUUGACAACCCCGUGUCAAUCCUCAAUCAGGAAAUGAGUAAACAGUUCCUGCAUUCAAAGAGUGAGGCAGACAAGUACAAGUUUUUCAUGAAAGCAACUCUUCUGGAGCAAAUGAAAAGAGACUACAUCCACAUCAAGCAGACUAAAGCUGUGACACGUGACCAGGUGGAAAGACAAGAGGAGUGUCUCAAAGACCUCAGGCAGUUGUUCUUGCAAAAGAAAGAAAGAUAUGAACGGUUGUCACCCCUAGAUGAUAUGAGACAGACUCUGGAGGACCUGAAAAAAAAGAUGGCGUGGUGUUUGGUGAGAGAGAAGGAAUGGCAAGUUGAACAGUUGAAGGAACAAAUUGAAAAAGAAGAAUCUGAAUGUAAACAUGAAGAAAAGCUGCAGCUCUGUCAGAUCAAAGUUUCCACUGCUGAAAAGAGAUUGCAAGAUAUUCAAAAGAAGCUUUGCACGGUAAGGCAAGAACAGGACUGUUUGUUAGAAGAGAGCCGUAAAUUGAAGGAAGAAAUUAAAGUAAAAACCAAAGCACAGAAAAACCAGGAGGUGGUUUACUUCCGUGCUGAGAAUAAAUUGAAACAAUUAGAAAAGGAGCAAUGCCUUCUUCAGGAGAGAAUUCACAAAAUAAGUCAUGGUGGCCAAAGAAGCCUUGAAACCGAGCACACACAGCAUCUAAAUAAAAUAUCAGCCUACAAAAAGCAGCUGGAAAGACUUGAGGGUGACUCCAGUGCGCUAAAUCAGGAUAUAAAGGACAAACAACAAGCCCUGCUUAAAGGAAGAGAAGAAUAUGAUAAACUGAGUGUGGAGGAAAAGAACAUCCAGGUCUCUCUGGAGUCGAAACUAAAGAGAAGAAAGCAGCUUAUGGCGAGCAGAUCCAACCGACUGAGACGGUUUGGUGAUCACAUGCCCGAGUUGUUGGAUUCUAUUGACAAAGCAUUUGCUCAAGGGCGAUUCAUCAAGAAACCUGUUGGACCAAUAGGUGCAUGCAUCAGUCUAAAGGACCCCAGUUUAGCCGUGGCUGUGGAAAGUUGCAUACGAGGUUUCAUGAAAACCUUUUGCUGUGACAAUUACAAAGACGAAAAAGUUUUGCAGGGACUGAUGGCACCAUACUUCCCCAAAGGCAGUAGGCCUCAGAUAAUGGUGUGCCCGUUCACAGACCGGGUUUAUAACCUUCAAAACCGGGGGGUCCAUCAUCCUGAGUUUCCGUCUGUGCUGGACUCCCUCAAUAUCGAAAAUCCAGUGAUAACAAACUGCCUCAUUGAUAUGAGAGGUGUUGAGAGCAUUCUAAUAAUCAAAGAGAAAGCUUGUGCAAGGAAAGUCUUGCAGGGCUCGAGACCACCAAGGAAUUGUCGGGAGGCCUUCACGGCAGAGGGCGAUCAGGUCUUCACUCAUCGAUAUUACACCCCUGAAAAUGAAGUUCUGGUCAAGUACCUCGGUGGGGAUCCGGAGGCAGAAAUCCGUCUUGUGGAGUCAGAGGUGGAGAAUAACCAGGCUCAGCUCUCUCGGUUUCAGCUUCACUUGAGUUCUGUGAAGGAAGACAUUCAGUUCUUGGAGGAGAAACUGCGCAGUGUCAUCAUGGCCAGCAAAAAGAAUCAGGAAAGUAUAAAUAAAGUGAAAGCUUCUAUAACAGAACUUGAGAACAUUGAAGAGACUGAGGCUGAGGACAUCAGCUCUUUGGAAGAAGAUGCACAAGAGAAUGAACAGAAGAUUGAAUCAGAGAAGAGAAAUGUUAAAGAAGCUGAAGAUGAAUUAACAAAUCAUGAGAAAGUGCUGAUGAAUAUUAAUCAGAAAUAUAAAGAUGUGAAAAAUAAAUUGGAGCAACUGUCAGAUGAGACCGAACAGCUGAAGGAAGAUCAAGUGAAAGCGGAGGCUGAGUGCAGUAAACUCGAUCAGACCAUGAAGAUCUUAGAGAAGAAACUCAAGAGCCACCAGGAAAAUAUUCAGGAACUCCGAGCCGAGCUCGCUCUCAAAACUGAAGAAGCACAGGAUUUUGAAGCCAAAGCCACAGAGAUCUGUCCUGUGCGACAGCGGCUAGAUCGAAGUGCCAAAAGUAUUGAUGCCGAGAUCACACGCCUGUGGCAAAAAAUCAGCACACAAGAAAGUAGCCACGGCAACAAGGAACAAGUAAUCCGAGAGUACGCAGAAGCUCACAGUAAUUACAAAAGCAAAUCCAGCCAGCUGAGGGAUCUAAAGAGGUUUAUUGAUCGACUCGACAACAUCAUGACCGACCGGCAGAUUCGAUACAAACUACUGCGACGAUCGCUUUCUGUGAGAUGCAAGCUGUACUUCAACGACUUUAUGAUAAAGCUACAAUGCUGUGGCUCGAUGAUGUUCGACCACAACAAUGAAACACUGUCCAUUUCGGUGAAGCCUCCAGGUCGGGAAAAUGACACUAUCAGUGACAUGCGUUCCCUGUCGGGUGGCGAGCGCUCUUUCUCCACCGUCUGUUUUAUUUUGUCGCUCUGGGAAAUUACUGAAUCGCCCUUCAGGUGCCUGGACGAGUUUGAUGUCUACAUGGACAUGCACAAUCGGCGCAUUUCAAUGGAUCUUCUACUGGAGCUUUCUGAACGUCAACAUCUCAGACAGUUCAUCUUCAUCACUCCUCAGAGCACCAGCAAUCUGCCUAAAAGUGUCCAUAUUAAAAUCCACCAACUUCAAGAUCCCGAACGAGAACCAGAAGAGGAUGUGCAUUAGGUACGGACAUUGCUAAGAAAAGCUGUAGUGGAAAUUGUGUUUAAACUUGUUCUAUUUAUUUUUUAAGGAAGUUGUAUGUUUACCUUUACAUUUUUUUAGUUCUCUUCAGAGGACUUUAUAAUGCUUAGCAUGUAUAUGAAAUUCAUCAUUAUUUAAUUUUGCACCGUGUCAAUUUGUAAACGUAAUGUGGUUUGUUAGACCUCAGUUUAAUCGUCCUGCUUCCUUCACACAACUUCCUGUUGAUGUGUUCUUAAAGAAAGCAGUUAACCGUUA